AGGGUACCAGACCAGACGCAGAGGGUAAGCGGCAAACAAAGAGAAACAAACUGCACCGAAACCUGGUGAAAAGAGGAAAGCAAAACACCCGACAUACUUGUUGAGAAGAGGUAAAUAGGUUUGCUUUACGAUCAGGGUUUGGUGUUUGUCAUAUUUGUUGAAGAAGCGAUAGAGGAUGUCAAUGGAGACAACUGUAAAGCAUAAGCUCAAUAAGAAACUGAAGCUUGCAGCUCUCAAGUCUGAAACUUUCAAGGAAGGAAAUAAAAAGGUUCGAGGUGCUGUUAACGCGAGAAAAUCUCACCAGAGAGAGAAGGGAGUGGUGUUUAAAACUACGGUUUCUGAUAGAAAAAAUAAGAGGGUACAUGCAGACGAGAAUUUAGUAUCAGCAAUCAAAAACAAGAAUGUGGCAAGGAAAGGACAAAAUAAGGUGAAAAAUGAGUUUAGUAAAGUAAAAAGUGUCAAUGGAUCUCCUCGCACAAUGUGGUCUUCUAAGAGAGAGAUUGGCAAAAAGGACGGUUCAUUGAAGAAAUAUUCCAAAAGCAAACAUGACACGACUAAGUUGCAAGAUGAGAAAGAACGGCCAGAUAGUUCACCUUGGAGAUCUUCCAAGAAAAUGCGUUCAGACAAGAAAAUAGUAAAUGAUGAUUCAGAUGGACAAGAUGAUCGACCAAAGAAGAGAAAGCGGGUAAUUCGGAUAGAUCCUCAUGACAUCUCAAAUAAGCGGCUGGAUGAUGAUGUUGCUCUCAAUGAAACUACUAACAAGAAGACAAAAGAUUCGGAUAAAGGUGUUGAAAUGUCAAAAAAUGCACAGUUCCGUGCAAUACAACCUAGCCCCUCUAUCUUCUCCUUCGUGGAAGAAAAUUUAUUGGGCCGUAGACGCUUGAUAGAACUACGGAGGGCAGGUUACAACAUUGAGCUUUCUGCCCCAUUAGAUAAUAUCUCCUUUUCUACUGGCUCGGAAAGAGCACGGAUUGAAGAAAAUAUAUUCAGGAAUAAAUUGGAAUUUUUUGCCGCUGCAAAGAUUUCCUCGUCUUUUCCAGCACCUGAUGUUCCAGAGAUUGCAUUUGCUGGAAGGUCUAACGUUGGCAAGUCAUCACUGCUAAAUGCACUGACAAGACAGUGGGGUGUUGCGCGGACAUCAGACAAGCCAGGCCUUACUCAGACUAUUAAUUUCUUCAACCUGGGACCAAAGCUCCGCCUGGUUGAUUUGCCUGGAUAUGGAUUUGCUUAUGCAAAAGAAGAAGUUAAGGAAUCUUGGGAGGAGCUUGUAAAGGAGUAUGUGUCUACAAGAGUGGGUCUAAAAAGAGUAUGCCUACUCAUUGAUACAAAAUGGGGUAUGAAGCCAAGAGACUAUGAACUUAUUAAUUUGAUGGAGAGUUCUUGUACCAAGUACCAGAUUGUGUUGACUAAGACAGAUGUGGCGUUUCCAGUUGACGUGGCACGCCGUGCUAUGCAGAUUGAAGAGACCCUCAAGGCAAAUAAGUCUAUAGUUCAAAAUGUGAUGAUGGUAAGCUCAAAAUCAGGGGCUGGCAUCCGUAGCUUAAGAACUGUUCUUGCUAAGAUUGCUCGGUUUGCCAGAGUUUGAUUCUCUAAUCAGAAUUCGUGACUUGGAAUAUUUUUCCCGAAUCUGAAGUACAUCUGAAUGUCAUGUCACCUGCCUGCACAUAUACAUUCCGUGUUAUCAGGAACUUUGGGUUUGGAACUAUUAAUCAGCUGAUUUACCAGCCUGCAAGAAGCACACAAUCUGAGGUGUGCUUGACAUGUUCGCAAGCCUCUCUGCAACUUUGCAUUGUGGAUUACAUGAGCUGCGCAGAAUUCUUAAUCUUGAGAACCUUGAUGGAAAAGAGUAUUUAUUCUCACAUGGUAUAUUUUGGAGGGCUGCAAAUCGAAUUUUUUUUUUACCGUUUUGCUUAAUUAUCACAGGAAACCACAAUGUGAAGCUUGAGAUUAGUUGCAUUAGAUGUAGUAAUAAGUCAGUUUGAUUUGGUUUUUUCAAUUUGUAAUGAAAAAGUAAACAGAAAUUAAAGAUGCUUGGUUCUUUCGCAGUUUAACAUACCAGUGAAGAAAUUAUAGGCUACAGUUUUGUGA